AUGUCUCAUGUUGCUUUGCAAAGUGGAGGUUACGAGAGAAUGCCAUGUCAACUUCGAGAUUUGUACAACAGGGUUGCUGGUGCGAAGCGAGAAGAGAAGAUAGAGACGGACUCAGAAGGGGCGCUGGGAUUUCUGGAUUGUCUCGCAGAGAAGGAUCCUAAUCUCUUCGUUGUCUAUCAGGUUGACGACGAGAAUCAAUUGGCUAACUUAUUCUGGGCAAAUGGAAACUCACGCGUGGACUAUGUGGCUUUUGGGGAUGUACUAGGAUUUGACACAACCUACAUGACAAAUGAGUACAAUAAGCCCCUCACUGUUCUCAUUGGCGUCAACCACCAUUUCAACACAUGCAUCUUCGGGUUGGCUCUCCUCCUCCACGAGAAGCUUCCAUCAUAUUCUUGGCUACUUCAAAAAUUUCUAGAAUGCCAUGGAGAUAAGAAGCCAAAUAUUGUAGUUACUGACCAAGAUGUGGCCAUGAAACAGGCUAUCAUUGAACACAUGCCCGAUGUUACGCACCGUCUCUGCGCUUGGCAUCUCAAUACAAAUGCUUCGAAAAAGGUUAAAGAUCCGAUCUUCUUAAAAACAUUUAAGGAUCUGAUGUACAACUACUACAAGGAGGAAGAAUUUGAAGCAAGAUGGUUACAUGUCAUCCAAACUCAACAACUAACAGAUAAUGAAUGGUGUCAAACAACAUUCGACUCAAGACAACAAUGGGCAGAAACUUAUUUAAGGGGUUCAUUCGUUGCAGGAAUGAGAAUCACACAACGUUGCGAAUCGAUCAACUUCGCUCUAAAAAAAUUUUUAGAGAAGAAUUAUUGCUUGCGUGAAUUUGUAACAACCAUAGAUAUGACAGUCUCAAAGCUCAGACACAACGAGACUGCAAAUGACUUCAAAAGCAGAUGCACUCGACCUCACCCACCUAAUCCUACAUGCUUGACCACUUACUACAACCAAUGUGCUGAAUUCUACACAAGAACUAUGUACCACAAGGUUCCUGAGCAGCUUGAUUUAGAGAAUAAUUAUUUUGUCAUAAGUCAGGAGCAAGAAGGAGAGUGGCAGAUAUUCACCAUUGGAAAGUUUCAGCAUCCGGACGUCCAAUACCGAGUUCAUUACUGUGAAGGCCGACGAGCACUACACUGUAGUUGCAUGCUCUAUGAAAGUCAGGGGUACCCUUGUAGACAUUUAUGGGCUACAAUGAAAAGAUUAAACAUGAGAAGAAUACCUAAUUCUCUUCUCAUAAAGCGAUGGAAAAAAUCCGCGAAGACAAAUCUCCACCUACAUUUUUACCCGCUAGCACAACCACAACAACACAUUUACGAGAUGGCUAGGUUUGGAUCUCUCAGUUCACUAACUUAUAACUUCACUUUCUAUGCAACAAAAUCAGAGGAUUCGUACAACCGUGCAAAGGAAGAGAUUGAACGGCUAACUCUAAUGUUCAAGGAAGAAUUUGAGUUGAAUUCCAAUCCGCAAGGAGAGACGCCACAACUUGGAAGAUAUCGUAACAACCCCAACAUUAUUAAAGACCCCAAAGUUGUGAGAACAAAUGGUACGAGAAAUCCAAGGAAAGGACCGAACAAGGAGCAGAUCCCAAGAAACUCAAGACAUUGUCCCAUUUGUCGCUCAUCAGACCAUGAUUAUCGACGGUGCCCAAAUCGUCAACAUAACACUGGAUCUCAAGGGCAACAACCUCCAAACAAUCAACAAACAUCUGACUCAUUCAAUGACCACUCCAACGCGUAUUUCCCGGAACUGCCUUCCUCCACACAAGAGUCUUACUAUGGUCAUUCUUAUAACUAG